UGGAAACAUCAUGAAUCGGAUUUCCCCUUGCUUGCAAAAAUGGCAAGGGAUUAUCUAGCAAUUCCAGCCACAUCUGCGUCCUCGGAGCACGCCUUUUCAAAGGCAAGGCAUUUAAUUACUGAUUCGCGGACCAGACUGAGCGAUCAGACAAUCAGGGCGAGUAUCUGCUUGGAAAAUUGGCAGCGAGGUGGAAUUUGGUGA